AUGAUGAAGGCGCUCGUUAUUGAGAAAACCGACGGCAAGCCUGGUCAGGUGUACUAUCCCCUCAAACAGGUUGACCUUCCCAAACCAUCCAUACGACCCGGCGAGGUCCUCGUCAAAAUCCUUGCUGCCGCAUUGAACCACCGGGAAGUCUUUAUACGGCAGCACCUGUAUCCUGGUAUAAACUUUGAAACACCUCUUGGCGCCGAUGGCGUUGGAAUUGUCGUCGAGACCAGCUCACCGGACCUCGAACAUCAGUGGAAAGGGAAAAAAGUUAUUCUGACCCCCGGACGAGGCUGGGAGAGUAGCGAAGAUGGCCCAGAGGGCAAGUAUGCGAUUGUAGGGGGCACGGUUGGAGUCUCGCAUGGCACUCUCCAAGAGUAUGUGGCCCUUCCAGCCUCUGAGCUUGAAGAAGCCCCAGGACACCUAUCAAUCCCUGAGGCUGCUGCUAUCCCCCUUGCUGGUCUAACAGCAUGGCGUGCAACUUUCACAAAGGGCAAGCUCCGGGCAGGAGAUAAUGUCCUUAUCACGGGGAUUGGCGGUGGAGUUGCACUAUUUGCAUUACAAUUCGCCGUGGCGGCCGGCGCUACUGUCUUCGUUACUUCUGGCUCAGAGGAGAAGAUAGCCAGGGCCAAGGAAUUAGGUGCUGCAGAUGGAGUUAACUACAAGAAGGAAGAUUGGUCGAAGCAAUUGAAGGGGCUGCUUCCAAAGAAUAGGCCGUAA